CCCCCGUUUCUCUUGCUCUCCUCUCUACUAUCCAGUUAGUGCCGCACAUCAGCAGCUAUUCAGCCUUAGUUCUAGCUUCCGCUCAUCUUACACUCCUCCUGUCUGCUUUGGCCUGAUGGAAGACUAUGCGUAUCCCAACGGGAGCGGCAACGUCAAUAUGCGCCGCUUCCCGAAUAGCCAAGAUCUGGACUUUCAUCUCGCGAACGACAAUGUCAACUCCAUUGGGCAAGAGCGAUUUGUCCCACAGCAGAUCAGCCAUCCGUAUCCUGAAUCAUCGAACACACAUCAGCCUUACAACACUACGCCUCGAUACUCGUUGUCGAUGAUACCAGGCCAAAGAAUUACACAGCAUCCGGCCGUGUCUCCGACCUAUACCACCGCGCUGUCGAAUCCGCAUCUUAUCAAUGGAGUCCCACCACAUCCUGCCAACAUGUCACGAUCUACUUCGUAUAACUCUUGGACUCAAGCUGGCCAACAUCAGAGUGCUGGUCAAUAUCGUACGCCACGCGGUUCCUUCAACAACGGUUCGCAUACAGGGGCAGUCGUUAUGUCACCUUCGGUCUCACAAAUCUCGGACUCCUCGUCCACCCAGAACGAACAUCAAUUUCAUGGAUCUCAGUCUCGUCCAAUCGUCCCGAGCUACUACGGGUCACAACCAAUGAACAAUCAUUACAAUCUGGCUGUAACAGAGGCAAUCGACCCAUCAUUCGACUUUGACGCAAGUGGUACAUUUAGGAGGCGGCUGAUGACAAAUGGGAGUAUGGCAUUGGGUCAGGAAGUCACAUCUACAGAUUUACAUCUGUACUCGACCUCAAGUUUGGACUCUGGAAAGACCAUCAUUGUCCAUAAUGGAUACUCUUGGUAUGGUCAUGCUCGCCCGAGUACCGCAACGCUUGCCAUAUCAUGGACACUUCCGUGGUUGUAACAACUGAAUCCUCGUCAGUGGAAUCAAAGCCGAGGAUAGUGUGCUUCCGGGUGACCACAACGUUUUGAGCACCAACCCGACUGUUUGGUUCAAUCAGCCGCCUUGAAUCCCCACGUUUGACCACUGGAAGAUGAUUUUGAUCCGCAAGAGUCCGAAUGAGUCUCUGGACUGGUCCUACAUCACAUCGCACCACGUGUGGUCUAGUGACAGCGGACUAACAAAAAGCUUCUUUACGCAUCUGAUUUGAUUGUCGGACUGGACACGGCGAGCUCCUUCCAUCCUCACGCACGGAGUGAUAUGUUUUCCAUCCUUUACCU